GUAAGAAAACACAGAAUCCGAAUGGGGUCUUCUACUUGUAAUCCUUUCGCUCUAACUUCACAUCCUUUCGUCACUGGCUUCAAAAGUCCCAAGCUUUCUCACUCGAGAAGAAGGUUGAACGGGUCACAAAGAGCUUCCAAAGUCACUGCUUACUAUGGUUUAAAGGAAACUCCUUAUAAACUUGAUGCUUUAGAACCAUAUAUGAGUAAGAGGACAUUGGAAAAGCAUUGGGGAGAGCAUCAUCGUGGUUAUGUAGAAGGUUUAAAUAAACAUCUUGAGAAAGAUGAUAUAUUGUACGGCUACACUCUGGAUGAGCUUGUUAAAGUAACUUAUAACAACGGAAACCCUCUACCCGAGUUCAAUAAUGCAGCCCAGGUUUGGAAUCAUGACUUCUUUUGGGAGUCCAUGCAGCCUGGUGGGGGUGACAUGCCCAAAUAUGGAGUACUUGAUCAGAUUGAAAAAGAUUUUGGUUCCUUCACAAAUUUCAGAGAAAAGUUUAUAGAAUCUGCUCUUUCACUAUUUGGCUCUGGAUGGGUUUGGCUUGUUGUGAAAAGAGAGGAGAGACGACUUGCAAUUGUUAAAACAUCAAAUGCCAUUAAUCCACUAGUGUGGGAUGACAUUCCCAUCAUCAGUUUGGAUAUGUGGGAGCAUGCUUAUUAUCUGGAUUACAAGAAUGACAGAGCCAAGUAUGUAAAUGUGUUUAUGAACCACCUUGUAUCUUGGAAUGCCGCAAUGUCGCGUAUGGGCCGUGCGGAGGCGUUUGUGAAUUUAGGUGAACCCAAAAUUCCAGUUGCUUGAUAUGGUGCAAUGCCGAGAAGCUGCUGGUGAUUCUUACCACCAAAUGAGUUCUGGUUGAGAGAGGUUAAAAAAUGUAACGCUGAAAAAUUUUGUUGAUAUUUGUAAUCCAGUUAAAUAUGUAGAAUACAAGGCUAGCAUUAGGCAUGUAGCUGUUUGUAAAACCCAGAAAAAUUUUGAUCCUGAUAUUUUUGUAUCUUGUACCAUGAUCUUAUUGAAGCUACAGUGAAUUAGCCAGUCAAAAUUUCGA